AUGGUUGUCACUGAAAUUGUUGUAAGUGCUGUACUGCUAAGGGAGGAAAAUUCAAUCCAACAGCCCAUAUUUUAUGUGAGCAAGAGCUUAAUUGAGGCCGAGAAAAGAUAUACACUGGCUGAGAAACUCGUUUUAGCUUUAGUGACAGCCAAGUGGAAACUUCGCCAAUACUUCGAGGCACACACGAUCAUAGUAUUGACGACGCAACCAAUCAAAGCGGUCAUGUCAAAGCCUGACCUCUCAGGAAGAGUUACAAAGUGGGCCAUUGAGCUCGGAGCAUUCGACAUUAGAUAUCAACCUCGGACAGCCCAGAAGGGUCAGGCAGGAGCCGGAGUAGGAAUCGUCCUCUCGUUGCCUGAAGGAGUGGACCUAGAGUACUCCGUCCGAUUAAACUUCCCCACUUCAAACAACGUGGCGGAAUACGAAGUCCUAGUGUUGGGACUCCAACUAGCAAGGACACUGAAGGUGGGACGCUUAGUUGUUCAUAGUGACUCUCGCCUCAUAGUCAGCCAUAUAACUGAUGAAUACGCGACUAAGGAUGAACGAAUAGGGGCAUAUCAACGGUUAGUAAAGGAUUUAGCCAGCAAGUUCGAAAAAAUAGAGUUCAAACGGAUACUAAGAGAAAUGAACGUUCAGGCAGAUCGCUUGGCCCACGCUGCAUCAACAUCGGUGGAAGACAUGAGGGUCGCCCCGGUGGAACUCCUAUCGAGCCCCAGCAUACCAAUUGGUCCUGGAGUUAUGCAGAUUGAUGUCGAAGAAGAAACGUGGAUGACUCUAAUCAUGAACUAUCUCACAAAGGGAACCCAACCCAGUGACCCGAUCGAGGCAAGGAAAUUACGAAUAAAGGCUGCAAAGGCCUUGGCCAUCGCCCGCUGGGGGAUGGACAUCGUGGGACCACUUCCCACCGCAGUGGGGGGCAAGAAGUUCAUCCUUUUGGCCACUGACUACUUCACCAAAUGGGUGGAGGCCGAGGCUUACAAGACAGUGACCCAAACAGAUGUGGUAAGAUUCGUAUGGCGGAAUAUAUUUUGUCGUUUUGGGAUACCAAGGGCCAUCGUGACGGACAACAGAACUCAGUUUGAUAACCAUAAAUUCAGAAGUUACUGUGAGGAAAACUGGAUCAUUCAACAGUUCUCGUCCCAGAAUCAUCCUCAAGGAAACGGACAAGCCGAGAAAACUAAUCGUACGAUCUUCGAUUGCUUGAAGAGAAGGCUUGAACAGUGCAAAUGCAAAUGGUCGGAGGAACUGCCAAAUGUAUUAUGGGCAUACCGCAUUACCAAACGGAAACCAACCGAUGAAAGCCCUUUUUCCUUGGCAUAUGGAACUGAAGCCGUCAUCACCACAGAAAGUGGAUUACCCACAGUCAGGACAUUGGUGGUAGAGAGUAAUGAUAAUGAACAACAACUAGCUCACAACCUUGACAUGCUUGAAGAACAGCAAGAAGUUGCAGCGUUACGACUUGCCAACUACCAGAACCAGGCAGCCAAUUACUUCAACAAACGAGUACGACAUAGAAAAUUCAAAUUAGGCGAGUGGGUACUCAAAAAGGUCAUGGAGAAUACUAAGGACCUAAACGCAGGAAAAUUCAGACAGACAUAG